AUGAGCAGAGAAGAGCCAUACUUGGAGGCGGUGUACCGGGAAGUCAACAGUGGUGUAGAGAAAGUGGGGGAUAUCCCUUUGAUGGUCAAUGAGGUGUCGGUGGCGAAUUCGCCUUCCUCGUGCCAACCUCCGGUGCAUCCAAUGGAUUUAGAAGAUGCGCGCAGCCCUUCCACAUCUACGUCGAGUGUGGAUUUCAAAGAUGAAAUCCGCGGUCUCACUACGGCCGAGGCUGAACGCCUGCGGAAAACUGUUGGGUUCAACGAAAUCGCCUCGAAAAAGAAGCCGGCAAUUUUGGUUUUCCUCUCGUACUUUACUGGAACGGUUCCGGUCAUCAUGAUCCUCACAGCCAUCAUCACGGCGAUCGUUCCUGGGCCCACUGGUCAGAGAGACUUUUGGAGUUUGGCAGCUAUCGUUAUCGAGCUGUUUCUUAUUGUCGGCAUGGAGCAUCUCAGUGACCGGAACGCUGGAAACGCCAUGGGCGAAUUGGAGAAGCUCAACGCGCCAGUAUGCCAGUGCAAGCGAGACGGCAGCUGGAAGACCAUCACGACGAGGGAAUUGGUUCCGGGAGAUAUUGUGUCUCUGCAGGGCGGCACGGUGAUCCCAGCCGAUGGCAGGCUUGUGGGCAAAGGGUUUCCGAUACUCAUCGAUGAAUCGUCGCUCACUGGCGAGUCGCUAGCGGUAACCAAAGGACGAGGCGACACGGUGCUCCAGGGCGCGGUCGUGCAGAGCGGCGACCUCUAUCUGCUCGUUGAAAAAACUGGGACAGACACUCUCUUUGGCAAAGCCCUCGAGCUCCUCGGGGAAACAGAGGCCAAAGGCAAUCUGAAGAAAGUGCUGGAAGUUAUUGCGAGGCUCAUCUGUUGCGUCGGGGCAGUGUUUUGCUUCGUCCUGAUGCUAGUCCUUAUUUUUCGAGACGGGACGCCUUGGUACCGGGCCUUCGCGUUCGCUCUCGCUCUCCUCUGCGCGAUUUUGCCUUCGGCCAUGCCGCUGGUCACAACAGCCGUGCUAUCGACCGGCGCCUUGGAGCUGAGUCGACAGAAGGCGCUGGUGUCUCGGCUCUCCUCCAUCGAGGAACUGGCUGGCAUGGACAUUCUCUGCAGCGACAAGACAGGCACGCUAACGCUUAACAAGCUCGUGAUCGACAGAGACGAGGUUGCUGAGGCGCCGGGCUUCACCAAGGACGAGGUGUUGCUAUAUGCCAGAUUGGCGUCAAAGCAGGAAAACCCGGAGCCGAUAGACAAGGCGAUUCAAGAGGCACAAGGGGACGCCGACCUUUCUGUGUAUAAAUUUCUGCAAUUCGUGCCAUUCAACCCGAUAGACAAGCGCAGCGAGGUCACCGUCAGGUUUCCUGACGGCUCCGUUCGCGUCAUCGUGAAGGGCGCUCCGCAAAUCAUCAUGAAAAUGCUUGGAGCCCGCAGUGCGCACUUGGUUAAACAUUUCGAGAACGUCAUGAACCACCAGGCUGAGCGUGGCUUGCGGACGCUCGGCGUGGCAACCUGCGAAGCGACGUGGCUGGUCGGUGGCGGCGCAGUGCGAACCGACGAGCUCCAGUUCAUGGGGCUGAUCUCGAUGCUUGAUCCGCCGCGGGCGGACACGGCCUCGACGAUUGAAAAGGCAAUGGAGCUCGGCAUCGACGUCAAGAUGAUCACAGGCGAACUAGGUGACCAGCGAGCCAUCGCCAUGGAAAUGUGUCGCCGCCUCAACAUGGGCACGAACGUGCUUGGCGAAGAAGCGUGGUCAGGCGAAGUCGAUCUCGCAGCCAAAAUGGGAGGCUUCGGCAAACUCGCGGAAUCCGCCAACGGAUUUGCUCAAAUUGUGCAGGCCCUCCAAGAAGAAAAACACAUGGUCGGCAUGACCGGCGACGGCGUGAACGAUGCGCCAGCGCUCAAGAAGGCCGAUGUUGGCAUUGCCGUCGCAGGCGCGAGCGACGCGGCGCGUGCUGCUGCGGACAUCAUUUUUCUCGAGUCGGGGCUCUCGACGAUCGUCCAGGCUCUCUUCGUCAGCCGCUGCAUCUUUCGCCGGCUUCGCAACUAUGUCGUUUUCCGCGUCGCAACGAGCCUGUUGCUUCUGCUCGCGUACUGGACUACGGCUAUCAUGAAAGUCGUCUCGCCGCCGCUAUGGAGUCUGCUCCUGCUCAAAGUCUUGAACGACGUGUCCAUGAUGGCCACGAGCCACGACCAGGUCGUGCCAUCGAGCAAGCCUGAGAAAUGGCAGGCCUUAGAGACACUCUGCAUUUCUACGACUCUCGGCUUGGUUGGCGCGGUGGCUUGCAUCGUUUUUUCGCUUCUGGCCAGCCCCGAGCGCCAGGCUUAUCAGCCCUUCUGGGAAGCUUGGGGAGUGGCCCCCGUCACGAGGUCACAGCUCAACUUGGCGAUCUUCCUCCUCGCAGGAGGGCUGAUCCAGUUGGGCCUUUUUAGCGCCCGCACGAAGGGCGCCUUCUUCUGGUGUGACUCGAAGAAAGCAAAGGCGCCUUCGCCUCUUGUCUUCUUUUCGUGCUUCCUCUCGAUGGCCUUCAUGACGCUCUUUGCCACGCUCUUCGAUCCCGCGUGGGAUGACGGGACUGACUUCGGCAUCUGUGGAAUCGGCUGGCAAGCGACAGGCGUCGUGUGGGCGUACGCCGUCGUCUGGUUUGUGGCGAUGGACGUGCUCAAGGUUGUGGUCGCGAAGUUUUUUUUUGACGACACUCCACUCUUUGUUUCUCUUCACGGCGGCUCUGCCUCACGGACAAAGGCUUUUCAGGAAUUCAGAAAAAUACGACGUGAGGCACAGAGGCAGAAGCUCGCGGUGGGCGUCGCUGCCACGGUACAGAAUCAAGAAGAGAGUCUGCGGCACCAAAGGCGUUCAGUGUACCAAGGCGCACGCCCUAGCGUCCGUUUGCUGUUUCCUCCUGUCUGCGACAGCGGCCGCCGCCUCGAGGGCAGUCUGCAGUCUUCGCUCAGCGGGUCGUUCGUGUGCGUUCCGCGCUCGGACAGCUCCUCGGAGUUGAGGCGGCUCGACCACCAAGUGUCGAGCGUUAUGGAAACGCUGCAGACGCUCGUACAAUGGAAAGAGGACAUUGAGGCUCAGGGGGGGCUUUCCCGAGCCACGGAUCACGAAAACGCGCAUCUACUCGGCGAUCCGCUGCCCGAAUUUCAGGAAAACGCGGACUGGAACUAA